GCAUACCCUGGUGAGCCGUGUGCCAAAGGUUGCCUGUCCCUGCUGGUCUUCCUGUCAUUUGUAGGUGUACAAGUGUCAAUUCUAAGUGUGGGGAGUUUUUUUGUUUGUUUGUUUUUUAGUUGGGCAACUUAAGAACAUCUGUUCAAAGACUCCAGUGGGUGAAAUUCUAAGACUUCUAGAAUUUCUUUAUUAGUAAGCUGAAAAAAGAGAGAAAUGUGUCUAGAUUUUUUCCUUGUUGAUACAUGUUGUUGAAACCGUAUAAGUAGCAGCAAUUUAGGAUGAAAUUGUGAGUCUUGAAAAAAACUGUUUUAACAUACAAAUUUCUGAUUGCCCCAUUAAUAUUGAAGUAACAAUUGAAAAGAAACAAAAUAACUAGCAAUAGUCUCCAGACUAAGUUGGCAUUACUGCAGUGAUGUUAGUUGCAUCACUGCAGUAAAGUUUGAAUAACCUUUUAUUUAUUGAAUUUCUGUUGGGCUCUCAGUACAGUAAUGUUACUUCCAUGUAUUGAUUUUCUUAUGAUGGAAAAACCAAAGCUUGUUUCAUUGUUCUCACUUCCUCCCAACCUAUCCCCAUUCUGUUUAACACUGAUUACAGUGAGACUCUGGGCAGGAGAUGGGCUGGGUUUGUAGUUCUCUAUAGAGGAUUGGUGCCUUUCAUUGUAAUUUGUUUCACACCUGUGUUACCAUGUAAAUAAUAACUUUUCUUCUUAAGAUUAAUUUUGAAAAACAUACUACUAUGAAAUAGCAGAGAGGCAAAUAAUAAGGAAGCACAAAUAAAUAACUUUAAACUAACCAGAUCACUAAAAUUAUUGAGGAAAUAUGAAAUUAGUAACCAAUCAAGAUUCAGUAACGUUCAGUUGUGUGCAAACCCUGUAAAAACAAUGCUUCUGAUUACAGAGUGAAACUGUUAGUAUUUCAUGACUUGAAUAUCAUUUUGCUUAGCUGUGUGGUCCCAGAAGAUUUGAAAUUGUCCUAAUAGAUAGUAUUGAACAUAAUUGCAAAACUCUGUUGGGACUGAGUAUUUUACUUAAACUAAAAUAUUUUGUUGCAAGGUGAUUUUUAAUGUUUUUUGGUAUCUUACCCCAAGUACUUAAGUAUUGCUGAUGAUGAUUUUCUUUGUAAAAUGUCUUUUCUUGUGUUUUUAAAGCUUGCAGACAGAAGUCAUCAGUCAGUUUCCUUAGUCGACCUGAUCGUCCAAAUCUAGCGUAUAAUAAGAUAAAAGGCAAGAACCCAGGUGUUGUCUUCCUCCCAGGCCUUAAUUCAGAUAUGAAUGGACAGAAAGCACUUGCACUCCAGGACUUCUGCAAAUCUCUCGGUCAUGCCUUUGUAAGAUUUGAUUAUACAGGAUGUGGAAGUUCAGAUGGUAAUCUUCAAGAGUGUACGGUUGGAAAGUGGAGGAAGGAUGUUUUGUCUGUACUAGAUGAACUCACAGAUGGACCACAGAUUCUAGUGGGAUCCAGCUUAGGUGGAUGGCUGAUGCUUCAUGCAGCAAUAGCUCGUCCAGAAAAGGUGGCCGCUUUAGUUGGAGUAGCUGCAGCUGCAGACUAUCUUGUAACAACUUUUAAACAACUUGCCCUUGAGGUCCAAAAAGAAAUAGAAGAAAAGGGUGAAUGGAAGCUGCCAACAAAACACAAUGAAGAAGGGUUUUAUUGUUUGUCAUAUGAGUUCAUUAAAGAAGCAGAAAACCACUGUCUGUUGAGCAAUCCUAUUCCUAUAACCUGCCCUAUAAAACUUAUCCAUGGCAUGAAGGAUGAAGAUGUUCCGUGGCAGGUAUCCAUGCAAAUUGCAGAUGAUGUUGUCAGCACAGAUGUGGAUGUGAUCCUCCGCAAAGUUGGUCAGCACCGAAUGAAUGAGAAGGAUGACAUGAAACUUCUUGUGUACACUGUUGAUGAUUUAAUUGACAAGCUGACAACCCUAGCGUGAGUUGCAUGUUAGCACUAAUGCAUGAGCUUAACACUCAGAUCUCUUCUGUGAUUAACUAAAACCUCACUUUUUUUAUGGCAAUGGAACACUGCUGAAUCUGGAAGGAUGCAAAGGUCACGAAAGAAAGGAAGUGGAGCUUUAACUUCUAUCUCCUUACCUCUGUUUUGUAAAUAAAGGUGUUUUCUUAAUGCUGCAUUUGCACAAAUGGUAGAAAAUGUGAAGAAAAUGCUGCUGUUUGUUGAAAUAUUUUCCCCCACCUUGAUUUCCUGUGACUUUUUUCAAAAGUUUCCUACACUAUUUUGUACUGAAACAUGUUUACCUUUCUUACAUUUGUGCCAAUGGUUAAUUUUUUGCUACUAUUAGAACUGUACAGUACAACUUAAUUUUUAAUUCCUUUUGACAUUCUAAAAUAAAUAUUGUGCUUUGCUUUAACAUUA